CGCAUGGCUCUGUGGGGUGCUCAGGGUAGGUUUGGAUUCACCACCCACCCUCUCUCCACGUAAGUUUGACGCACAACAUUAACCCUGAGGUUAGUGGAGGUGGCUGCAGGGCCAGCUGCAGUGUGAGUCUAGCCAGCCUCCUGCUCUGGAAACAGAUAACUGAUCAUGAGGAAAAUCUCUGAGUCGAGUCAAGAGGGCCCAGCAGGUUCCAUCUCGGCUUCCCAGGCAGCUUCAACACUGGAGGGGAUGGGGCGCAAGGAGGAGGAGGAGGACGAUGACUGUGGUUCCUGGAAGAAACAGACCACCAAUAUCAGGAAAACCUUCAUCUUCAUGGAAGUGCUGGGAUCAGGAGCUUUCUCAGAGGUGUUCCUGGUGAAGCAAAGAGUGACUGGGAAACUCUUUGCCCUGAAGUGCAUCAAGAAGUCUCCAGCCUUCCGGGACAGUAGCCUAGAGAACGAGAUUGCUGUGUUGAAAAGGAUCAAGCAUGAAAACAUUGUGACCCUGGAGGACAUCUAUGAGAGCACCACCCACUACUACCUGGUCAUGCAGCUUGUUUCUGGGGGUGAGCUUUUUGACCGGAUCCUGGAGCGUGGUGUCUACACAGAGAAAGAUGCCAGCCUGGUCAUCCAGCAGGUCUUGUCUGCAGUGAAAUACCUCCAUGAGAACGGCAUCGUCCACAGAGACCUAAAGCCUGAGAACUUGCUGUACCUCACCCCAGAGGAGAACUCCAAGAUCAUGAUCACUGACUUCGGUCUAUCCAAGAUGGAACAGAAUGGAGUCAUGUCCACGGCCUGUGGGACCCCAGGCUAUGUGGCUCCAGAAGUGCUGGCCCAGAAGCCCUACAGUAAGGCUGUGGACUGCUGGUCCAUUGGUGUCAUCACAUACAUAUUGCUGUGUGGGUAUCCCCCUUUCUAUGAAGAAACAGAGUCAAAACUUUUUGAGAAGAUCAAAGAGGGCUACUACGAGUUUGAGUCUCCGUUCUGGGACGACAUUUCUGAGUCAGCCAAGGAUUUUAUUUGCCAUCUGCUGGAGAAGGACCCAAAUGAACGGUACACCUGCGAGAAGGCCCUAAGACACCCCUGGAUUGACGGGAACACCGCCCUGCACCGGGACAUCUACCCAUCUGUCAGCCUCCAGAUUCAGAAGAACUUUGCCAAGAGCAAGUGGAGGCAAGCCUUCAACGCUGCCGCAGUGGUGCAUCACAUGAGGAAACUACACAUGAACCUGCACAGCCCCAGCGUCCGCUCAGAGGUGGAGAACAGGCCACCUGUGUCCCCAGCUCCUGAAGUCUCCAGACCAAGCUCCCAUGACAAUACCAUCACAGAGGCCCCCAUCCCGGACCCAAGCGCACCCCUUCCUGCUCUGACCCGACUGCCCUGCCCACACAGCUCCCGGCCUUCAGCUCCUGGUGGCCGCUCACUGAACUGCCUGGUCAAUGGCUCUCUGCGCAUCAGCAGUAGCCUAGUGCCCAUGCAACAGGGCCCCCUAGCCACCGGGCCCUGUGGCUGCUGCUCCAGCUGUCUAAAUAUCGGGAACAAGGGGAAGUCCUCCUACUGCUCCGAGCCCACCCUCUUCAGAAAGGCCAACAAAAAACAGAACUUCAAGUCAGAGGUCAUGGUACCAGUGAAAGCUGGUGGCAGCUCCCACUGCCGGGCUGGGCAAACUGGGGUGUGUCUCAUUAUGUGAUCCCAGGAGACUGUGAAGUUUUCAGGAGACAUGGCUGACUCUUCUCUGCCUUUCUAAGCUAGCAUCUGUCCUGCAGAGGAUGGACCAACUGCAGUGGAGCAGGGCUGGCAGGAGCAGCAUCUGGUUUGAAGCAGUAGCCUGUUGCUGCCCUGGGGCAGACACUCACAGGAAGUCACAAAGGAGCCCCAAGGCCUGGACAUUCCCUGAGGCCAUGGGCAGGAUGCAUGGCAUUCCAGCCUCCAGGUCUCCCAACCUGCCCAUUCCAUGUCCCCACAUCCUUUGUGCAGUGGCUCCGUGCUGUGUCCAUAGAUAGUGUUCAUCUGGGUUUGUGUUGUUGGUUGUGAAAAGCUUUGUGGGCUGGCCAGGCUGUGCCACUUUCUCCAAGCAAAGCCAUAUGGAGUCUGGCUCAGACUCCCUGCUCUGCAUACUCACUCCUGCCUCUCUGGCCUCAUGGCCAGACUGGACUCCUUGUCAUAGUACCUGCCUAUUCGCAUGAAUGCCAGGCUGCGCCCCAGAGGCCUGGGGGCACUCACAACUCCAGUCCUUCCCUCCAGGAUUAGCUUCCCACUGCACUGAGACCCAGAACACUUCAAAGCUCUCCUUGCCUCUGAAGCACAGCAGUGCCCAUCCCCCAUGGAGCAGAGAAAGCCAAGACUGUGAGCACUUCUCUUCAGCCACACACCUCACACACCACUAAUUAAGAAUUUGGGGAACUAUUUUCACGUCAGCCAGGUCUCCUGCCUCUGGCUUCCUCUUUUCCCCUGAAAGUCAGGUGCAUUGUUCUGUCUCUCUGUGUUCUUGCCGUCACACCCUCAAGCUUCAUGCUCUGUGUUGUGCUCAAAUAAAAUGGACAUAUUUUUCUCUA